CACGACAGUUAGUCUAUAUACCAAAAUAUCAAGGCGAAACAUCACCGGUUUUAGUUGUCUGAGGACAAUCUAUAUAUGAAAUACUAAAUACGGUACCUGGGGUUGCAGGUCAGCCAUUAUUAAUAUCGCUCUAGAUUCCAGUCAUCUAUUAAUGGCCCCGUUUCUACCGGCAGACACCAUCAUGCUCGUGUUCCAGUCAAAUGAAUCAUUCUGCGGCACAUCAAGAAUUAAAGAUUAACCAGCACUGCAGUCCCUCCUGUUUCAAUGCAGGGGGGCGUAUGGUAUAAAUUCUGGGAGAGCAGCGCUGAAUUAUCUACAGCUGAGAACCUCACACUGUUGCUGGAACUGAAGUGUGAGCUCUAACAAAAUGAAGCUUCUCUUAUUACUUUUCCUGUGUGUUGUUGGAACUCUCGCACAAGAUGAUUAUGAUGAUUAUGGAGCGGAAGGAAAAAAAGAGCUUAAAGCAACCGUAGAUCCCAGGGGUCAUCGUCCUGUCAGUAGAGGUCGUGAGACGUACUCCUCAGGCCCUGCAGCCCCACCCCCCGUCAGUGGGGGAAGCCGUUAUCGUGGACGACCAACUGCAGCGCCGGUGGGGAAAGUUACGCAAGAGAAGGAAGAGUACCCAGAAUCGGGUGGAUGUUCCCACAUGUCUGAGAAAAUGGGAGUGUUGUGUCCCACAGGUUGUGAGCUGAAGAAAACCCUCCUAAAGCAAGAACGUAACGUGAAGCCAACUGUAGAUCAGCUGAAACGAUCUGUGGAUGAGUUGACCCAGUCCACCAACUCUAUCUAUGGCUACGUCAUGGAUAUGACUGCAGAAGUAGCACAAAGACAACGAGUCAGCGAGGGCAAUGGUUUGGUGGUUGAUCAGUACACAGAAAGUCUAGAGACACAGCAUGCUUAUGUUAAGGAGGCUGUGGACGUCACCUUCCCCCAGAAUAUCAAAAUCCUACAGGCUGUGCUGGAGAAGGUCCGUGAGAAGAUUCAGCGUUUGGAGAAAGCCAUCACUACUCAGAGAGCCAAGUGCCAAGCGCCUUGUAAAGUCAGCUGCCCGAUUCCUGUGGUUUCCGGCAAGGAGUGUGAGGACAUUAUCCGCAAAGGAGGAGAGGACUCACAGAUGUACCUCAUACGGCCUGAUCCGCUCGGUACACCCUACAAGGUCUUCUGCGAUCAGACGAGUCAAAAAGGAGGUUGGGUGGUCAUCCAGAACCGAAUGGACGGCAGUGUUGAUUUUGGCAGGCGCUGGGACGACUACCGAAGAGGUUUUGGAAACAUUGCAUUUGAUGUGGGCAAAGGCCACUGCCAGACUCCUGGCGAGUACUGGUUGGGUAACGAGCGUAUUAGUCAGCUUACAAAGAUGGGUCCCACCGAGCUUCUGGUUGAAAUGGAAGAUUGGUCCGGUUCAAAGGUCUACGCUCAGUACGAGCAGUUCACUGUUCAGGGCGAAGCCACCAACUACAUCCUAGCGGUUGGUCGUUACUCAGGAACAGCUGGAAACACGUUCUUAGAUGGCGCAACAGAACUGUUUGGAGAAAACCGUACCAUGACCAUCCAUAAUGGCAUGAUGUUCAGCACCUAUGACAGAGAUAAUGACAAAUGGAUACCAGGAGAUCCUUCUAAGCAGUGUUCAAAGGAAGAUGGAGGCGGAUGGUGGUACAACAGAUGCCACUCUUGUAAUCCUAAUGGGCGAUACUACAGGGGUGGAGCUUAUACGAAAUACAUGGCCAAGCAUGGGACAGAUGAUGGCAUAGUGUGGAUGAACUGGAAGGGCUCAUGGUAUUCGCUCAAAUCUAUCAGCAUGAAGAUCAGACCUUACUUCAAAUCAUGAUAAAAGUGAAUUGAAAUGAGAUACUGUGUGUCCAUUCUUGUGUACAUUCUCGUCCAAUGCAACUCCUUUUUUUUUGAAAUAGGAAGAUAAUAAAACCUGAACCUAAAUUUUUAGCUAUUAUUUGUAUUUGCGAACUUCGGAACUGUGUUAUUGGAAGUUUUUAAAAAGGAAUAUAUGCAAAACAGUGUAACAAGAUGGAUACACAAUCAUCCUAAUUCUCAUUAAAGCUGACCUAAAAUACAUUAAA